CUUUCGAGCCACCGUGGUGUGUGUGUCGGCACCGUCCUACGUCAGUGGCAGUGUUGUGUUUGUCGACUGGAAUGUUCAUUACUCUAUCGAAUACAACCUUGUGUACUAUAAACAGAAAUAAUUUAUGUAAAUCACUCGUAGCUAGCUGAACGAGUCGGUAGAAAUAAUCGAAGGCUGUUGUGUUUUCUGUGAUAAUGGUCGGGUAGGAAUUACAAUGACCUAGAUCUACCUGGGACACGUCUUAUACAUAGGUACUCCCGGAGAGACUGGUACCAGCGCUAUUUAUUUACCUGUGAAAUACUGCUUAAACGUUUUAUUUUGUUUCAAAUUCCGUCACGACUUUGGAAUCGGAUGUCGCCGUGUACAAUUCAUCGGCUGCAGUAAGAAUGCUUUGAUAGACAGAAGCUGACAGAGAAGGAUGGGCCAUAAAGUCAGUCGUCAUAAAAGUUACGCGGUAUGCCGAGUAGAUGGACUUCCCGGGCAGUACAGAGUGAUACGGCCAGCCGAUUCUUACGGCUCUCAGCUAGAUAACAGCGCGAGAAGCUAUGGAGGGAAAUACCCUAAUCAUGACCGAGGAGUAACGGCAGACCGGAAAUACGUCACGGCUAUAAACGAUAUAGGAAGCCAGGGUAUUCGGUCGCAGGGAGGAGAGACAAAGUCAAACGGUGCCAUUUCCCCUAAAAGUAAACCAAAACCAAAACCUAGAAAGAAGAAAGAUGUCAAUUUGAAUGAGAAAAUAAAUACAGCUUUACCGCACCAAGAACAACCAUGUCCAUCCAAACACAAAGAGUCACCGAAAAAGGAAAGAGAUUCAGUUGAACGCAAAUCAAAUGGUUCUACUAUCAGUGCGAACGCAACACUUAAUCAGAGAAUUGCACAAAACGGUCAUGAUUCGCAUGGUAAUGAAACCGCAGUUCUGGAACGUCGACAAAGAGUUGUACCACGUGCAAGUUCUUCGGUAGGCGAUGAGCGCAAACAGAAAGUUAAUUCGCGUGUGAAUUCUUCGUUAGCGGGAGAACGUAAACAAAGAACUAUCCCACCAGCUAACUUGAAGGCAGAUGACGCAAGGCAGCAACACGAAAAUUCGCUUACUGUUCAGCAUCAAUAUGUAUCGAGCCCACGUCUUCAUGACACGAAAUCGCCUGAUAAUGAGCCGAUCCCGGUUUCAAAUGUUGAUUCACCAGAAAUUAACAGGGUCUCUGAAAAAUCUAACAGCGAUGUCGAGAUAUCACUUACUGAUCUUAGUGCUGAUGCAUUAGCAACGAAAACCGACCAUGAGCCACAAAUGAUUUUGUCACAAAAAAGCGAAAGUACGACAAAUCCCAACAAAAUGAUUGCAUCAGACAGUGUUGUCAAGGACUGUGACGCAAGUCGCUAUACUCUCGUAAGUGUCGUGGUACACCAACCAUUCGCGAAGCCGGAGCCGAGUGACAUACCGAAAGUCGUUUUGAAUGGUGGCCAAGAGUGUCUCUCUGACCAGGAGGAAGUUGAACAAGAGACUCAGGUCAUGUUCGACGACGAACCAGUUAACGUGGCAAUGUUUGAGCGCGUGAACAGCGCGAGGAAUUCGCAAGUUAAGAAAUCCGUAGCGUUUUCUGAUGAUUGUGUUGACAUUGAACACGACCUGAGUCAAAGUUAUUCAAGGAACGGGUUUCAUGAGAAGAUGGACAACGUUUACGGGACUACAGUAAGACAAAAUAAUGGCGAUAAAUGGGUGACGCUUGACGCCACGGACGCGACAGAGUUUGCCCUUAUACAACGUCAAAAAGUCCCGGGACAAAGUAUACUGAAGAAAUCAAAACAUCCGCGAUAUAACGUUCCUGCUUUAAACCUAAAAGAGCCUUUUGACAAAAGUGCAGAAUUUAAAACAGUAUCAAACAAUAAGAAAUCCAUUUCUUGGGACCAUAUCGAGGACCCUUCGAAUAUUUAUCCUCAGGGCAUGGUGCCAGUGCCAGCACCUAGGGGGCGCAUGAAGGGCUUUCAUCGACCACACAACGAGGAAAUGUCUAAGAUCAAAGCCUCUAAUGGUACACUUGCUGAUUACAUUAAACAGAAAUCGACAAACUCUUAUGAAGCAACGAAGCAAAUUCAUAUAAAUCCUACUUUGAAUGGGGUAAAUCAUAGCAUAGUCAUACAGAAUGGUGGCCAAAGACCGCAGGUGUCACGUGGUCACGUUGGUGAUAUGUCUCCUAGAUAUGUAACAAGUCCGCGGACAACCUCGACUGAUCCGAGAAGUCGAACUUUGUCCCCUUCCCGUACUGAUGAAAGAGGACGUCUCGUGGUACAAGAUGGACAUGUGCGUAAGGUUGUUAAUGGAAUUGACCCGGCAGUCCAUUAUAUGCACAGCCCACGAGGCGAAGACAACGCAACGUCAGGUUCUAGAUCGAAACAACGACAGGGAUACCCCCCAAAACAACAAAGUGUUAAACUUGUUGUCAGUUCUGGAAAACAUAAACCAUCCAAUAAAAAGCAGCAUACAAUGCUGAUGGAACAACCAAAACAACAACGCAACAUGAUUCGACAGCAAUGGAUGGUGGGUAACCUGUGAUUAGAUGUGUGUGACGUCAUUUCCGAUGAUGCAGUAUACUGUGAUUUUCUGUGAUAUCCUGUGUGACAUAAUGCAGGCAAUAAUUGUAUAAAUAGAUACAUCAUAAGACGAUAUUACUUCCUUAUAUCGGGACAAAGUAUGAAGUCAGCAAAAUAAACAGUGACAUUGUCUCUAAGCUCAUCCCUCCAGAUGUUUUGCGGGAAAAGAGGGAAAUAUUUUGUGGCAUGCACAAAAUCGUAAGACACCUGCAAUAAAAUAAGUAUUAUUAUGGCGUUGUAGUAGACUAAUGCAGAAAUCUGCUUUUCGCCUGCCCAUUAUGUGUGGUCAUCUGUAACUUGAGAUGAUCUGUAACCUUUCCAUGACAAUGAUAUAUUACAAUGCGUAUUACUACACUUACAUAAGGGAGUAAUUAUGGGGUGAUAGUCACGUCUGCUUUUUAGAUUUUUUUGUUUUUGUUUAAACAAACUAAAAACAUAACUGAAAGGACAAACAAAAAUUGAACAAACGUUUAUUUUGAAAUUCUAUUACAUUAAUAGUAUUCUUAUCAGGUAACAGUUCUUGUCUGGCGACCAAUUAUACCACAGUAGUAACAUAGGUAAGAGGUUCACGGCUAGACACAUCCGAAUGAAACAUCAUGGAGUUAUAGGGGGAAAUGGUUUAUUUUUCUACUGGCUUCGACAUUGAUAUUUUACAAUUUGCAAAAUAGCGAAGUGUUCGAACAAUUGAUUUUGACAAUUGAUUUAAGAGAUAGGCUCUUUCAUAUGAUCUGGUAGCUGGAUAAAGAUACCUCCAUAAGGAACAUGGAGUAAAAAACGUCGGCAGAUAUUCGGGUUUUAUCCCAAUUUUUAAUUCGCUUAGAUUGAAUUCUCUAUUUACCUCCAUUAUAGUCCCUUAUAUCUCAUUUCAGCAAAAUCAGAAAAUGAAUUUCUGGAGCCGUUUAACUCUUUCACCCCUGAAGACACAUUUGAACUCUUCGAAUUCAAAGCUUGAAAUAGUUCAUUAUGAAAUUUCAGGGUGAAUGAGUUAAAACAGAGAACUCUUAUGUUUGAUUCGAAAAGAACAUACGUAUUCUUUUCCUUUGCUUGAUAUGACCUGUACUGCGUACAUUGUCAUUGAAGUGUGUAAGACUUGAAGGCAAUGCCACUGUUUGAUUUCCGCUGAUAUGUGUAUUUAUUUAUCGGUUUAUCUUUCAUAUAUAAUUGUGUUCGGAAGGACCGACGUCUUGUAUCAAAGGGUGAAUUAGCAAUAUGUGAUAUAUAUUGUUUGUUAGUCUAAUGUAGAAUUAACUUGCAAUCGACUGUUAUGUCAUGUUCACUGUGAUAGCGAUCUGUGAUAUACAUUUGAAUAGUUUUCUCUCAUUCCUGUGUGUAUAUAACAUAACUGUUCAGAGUAAGAAAAUUUCUUUCUGUUACCAUUGACAGGAACAUUAACAGUUUUCCUGUUAUGAGAUUAAUAAGAUGUAUUACCUGUAACUGAGCGAGAUCGGGGUAUCUCAGUCGAGGACGAGAGCUAAGAUUCUGUAACGUAAUCCAACCAAAGCAUUAGUCUGAAAAUUGCCCUGGCAAUGAAAAGGAACUCUGUCAGUGCAGGUCAAGAGUUCCUUCAUAUAGCACCAUUUUCUCAUUCCGUACGCUAGUAUUGGACCAUAACUGUUAAGAGGCCACUUUGAGCAUUCCAUCUGGUGGCCCGUCUGACUGUUUAUUGUUCAUGAUGCGGGUAUGUAGCCCCAUACAUGUAAUGUGAUUAUAGCAUUAUACAUUAUCAAAGAGUUGUUUCUUUCAUAAAAUAACCAUGUCAUGUGAAUCAGCGUAAUGAUUCAGAACAAAAUACUAGUGUUUUACGUAUUUUCAGUUAUCAAAACCGUUGAAUAUCUCGAAAUGUUAUUCUCCAGAAACGAGUUACGUUUACGAAAAUAUAAAUCAAAUUACACUCUAUGGAGAUGUACACGAGUAUAAAUACAUAUGGAUGUGUGUGUGCGCGUGGCAUUGCCUAUGUAAGCGUUUUUUGACAGGUUAAACGUUGUAUGGAAUAAUUGAGUGUAUGAAGUAAUUGACAGGUUAAACGUUGUAUGGAAUAAUUGAUUGUAUGUAGUAAAUUAAUAGGCUAAACGUUGUAUGGAAGAAUUUAUUGUAUGUAGUGUUUAAUUGACUGAAUUUGUACAAAUGUAUGUACUACCGAGUGUGUCUGAAGAUAACUGUGGGAGUAAGCACUCAGGGACAAGUACUCUACACCUAUGAUUGGUUGCCGUUACUACCACUAAAUGUUUAUUAAUAUUGAUUCGAACUUUCUUUAAUUUCUAGAAUAUUGUAAAUCUUUUUUUUCCCAAAUUAAUAAUUCUAUAUCCCAUCACUAGUGGGGCUGCAAGCAUUAUUUGUUAAACUUACAUAUGUAAAAGGAGUGCAUUAUCAGUUGAUGACGAUUGUACUAUUUGUACAUACAAUUCAGUUAUACAAAUUUUAAAGUUUUACCCUGUCAAGGAUCCCUGUCCCGCUGCAAGCAAAACACUUUAGAAAUUCCUUUUUUCGGUUGCUGGUUUUUAAUUUAUUUCAUUUUUGUUAUAUAUUUUUCUUAAAAGUUUCGUUAAGAGUAGUUUCCUCUGAAUGAAUGAUUUAUCAAGAUUAUCGUCAUGCAGA